AUGGCGCUACUGACAGAGGAGGAAUGCCAGGUGGAUGCCGUGAUCUUGGGCACUGGUCUGCCUGAGUCCAUUUGCGCUGCCGCGCUGGCGCGCGCCGGGAAGAAGGUGCUGCACUUAGACGCCUCCGAGAACUACGGGGGCCCCUGGCGUAGUCUGCCGCUGCGGGAGUAUGCCUCCUGGGCGGGCGGGCGUGCAACCAUGCUGGGUGACGGCGUCAAGGCCUUUGGCGACUUCCGCUCCCUGCCUCCCCACGCCUGGAGCCGCCUCUAUCGCGGCUUCGGAGCGCCGGCCGGGAGGAAGUGGCACGUGGCCAACACCUGGCUUCUAUCCCACUGA